AUCCUCCGAUCCAACACCGACCUCCUCGCCGGCCGGAGCGCCGCCGCCGCGCCAUGGACCCAGAAGCGGUGCGGCGGACACUCGAGCCCACCGCGUCCCCCGAGGACAUAUCGGGAUCCACCCCUUACGACUCCUUCGUCAUCAGCGGCGUCCGCCUUGACGCCGCCGAGCACGGCCGCGUCCUCUGCUCCUUCCUAGUCGCCCCACGCCACGCCAGCCCCCAAGGCUAUCUCCUCAGCGGCGUCACGGCAACGCUCGCCGACCAGAUGGGGUCGGCUGUGAUCUACUCCAUCGGGGUAGGCUUCAGCGGGGAAGACUUCAGCGGUGUAGGCUUGAGCGGGGUCUCCCUCGAGAUCAGCGUGUCCUACGUUGACACGGCCACCGUCGGGGAAGAAAUAGAGGUUGAGGGGAAGCUGUUGCGUGCUGGAAAAUCAGUCUGUGUUGUCUCUAUUGAUUUCAGGAAGAAAAGGACCGGCACAUUGAUAGCUCAGGCCCGUCAUACAAAGUACCUUGCUGUAUCUAGCAAAUUGUGAGGAUUUACUUCAGUACUAAGAUAACAACCUGGUUAUGCCUAACUCUGUUUACCCUUUAUCAAUAGGCAAUAACACCAUCAUUUAGUGUUGCAUUGUUUAAGAAAGUCCGUUAUAUUUAUCUGAAAUUCUGCC